UGGCAGCAGUCCAUGGGGGUGGCAGGAGCAAGCUGCUAAAAUGCUCCCAGACUGUGGUGCCAAUUGUCUGCAGGUCUGCAUGCAGCAAAGCAAUAACCUCUUCUGAAGGGAUCAUGCAGUUCAGCCAAGUUUGGGAGAGGAAAGGCAGAGCCUGUGAGAGAAGCUCAAGGAGGAGAGCUGCAUCUGGGUCCAGACCUGCAAGGACAGUCACCAGGAUGCCUGUUUAGAGACCUGCUACCACAGCAGAUAAGUGCAGUGUUUGUUAACGUGUCUGGGCAGCAUUAUCACCCUUUGGAGAUGCUUCCACAAAGUCAGAGGACUGGUGUGCCAAUACCACCCUGCCAUGGGCACUGACAGGGCUGCAGCCAGCGGUGGCUCCAGGCAGCCUUGAUAUCUCCCAUCACUGCAUGGGCCCACACAGCUCCUGCCCUGAUUCCGCUUCGCCUGUGUGUGUUAAGCUGCACUGGUAAGAGAAGCCUCAUCUUGAAUGCAGACACAGUGAAGGCAUCAACGCAGGAGCCAUGUGGCAGGUGACGGGCUCCUUGUGCCGGGCCGGCUCCCGUGGCUGGCAGAGGCGGCUGCCCUGGCCCAGCCGCACGGAGCCCUGUGAUAGGCCUCCCCCUGCGAUGGCCUCCCCCUGCAGCCUCUCCUCGGCGGCACCCUCCAUCCGCCUCUCGCCCGCCACCUGCAGCCUUUUCGACGAGCCGCUGGCCAUCGCCGUGCAGGGCCUGGGCCCGCGGCAGCCGAUCACGCUGCGGGCGUCCUUGCGGGACGAGACGGGCGAGCUCUUCCAGACCUGCGCCCGCUACCAAGCCGGCUACGACGGGGAGCUGGACCUCGCCCGCUGCCCCGCUCUGCCGGGAGGCAGCUUCUGCGGCCUGGAGCCCAUGGGGCUGCUCUGGGUUUUGCAGCCCCAGAAGCCCUUCUGGCGGCUGGUGAAGUGGGACGUGCAGACCCCCUUCGUCCUGGAGCUGGACGUAUUUGAUGGCCACGGGGACCCUCCCGGGCAGCUCCAGGCCCAAGCACAGCACGAGCGGGCGUGCCUGCAGGAUGGGGUGCGCAGAGUCCCGGUCCGAGACGGGAGGAUCCGGGCAACGCUUUUCCUGCCUCCCGGAAAUGGCCCCUUUCCAGGCAUUAUUGACUUGUGCAGAGUUGGAGGAGGACUCCUAGAUAGAGCAUGACUGCUGGCCAACUAGGGCUUUACUGUGCUGGCUCUGGCUUACUAUGGCUAUGAAGAUCUUCCCAAACAGAUGAAGGAACUCCACCUGGAAUAUUUUGAAGAAGCCGUAAACUUUUUACAACACACCCAGGUUAAAGGCCCAGGGAUUGGGUUGCUUGGAAUUUCCAAAGGGGGCGAACUGUGUAUCUCCAUGGUCUCCUUCCUAAAGGGUAUCACAGCCACUGCCCUUAUAAACGGCUCAGUGGCAAAUACGGGCGCAGUGCUCUGCUACAAGGACAUCACCAUUCCAUCCCUUGGUUUCAGUCCAGAAUGUGUCAAGAUCAGCAAGUCUGGGAUUGCUGAUGUUGUUGACAACCCACUAGAAGGGCCUGACCACCAAAGCUUCAUCCCUUUGGAGAAGGCUGAGUGUCGCUUCUUGUUCAUUGUUGGCCAGGAUGAUCACAACUGGAAAAGUGAAUUCUUUGCAGUUGAGGGGAGCAAACGUUUGCAAGCUCACGGGAAGGAAAAGCCUGAGAUAGUCUGCUAUCCUGGAGCAGGGCACUACAGACCCCCUUUUUUCCCAAUGUGUGCAGCCUCAAUGCACCAGCUGGUUGGCAAGCCUGUGAUUUGGGGAGGAGAGCCCAAGGCACACUGUGAGGCACAGGUAGAUGCUUGGUAGCAGAUCCGAGCUUUCUUCUGCAAACACCUCAUGGGCAAGCCAUCUGGAACAUCUCGUAAGCGGUGAUAUGACUUAGGUUACUUUAGAGAGGAAAAGUCUGGUGUUUCAAAUUUGUUAUGUUAUAUGCCUCUGAAUGAGAACAAAGAACAUCAGAGAAUAAGUUGUUGGGUUUCUUGGGGGAUGAUAGUAAGUGAAGGCACGAGGGCUGCUUUCUUUUAACACCCUCCUCUAACAUCGUUUAGAGGUCUUAGUGCCAUGUUAUGUGUAGUAUGGGAUUACAAGCUGUAGAAAAAUGGUGGUAAGGUUGGAUCUGCUUUAAAUGUUAAUUUCACUGGAAGGUAACUUAUUCAAGCUGAGAACUGGGAUAAGAAUUUGCCUUGGUUUUCUUAGAAGAAACAUUAUGUUUGCCAUUGUCCUUACCAGAGCUAGAUUUGGGCUCUGGUUUUUCUGGAAGCAGCUAUUCUGUCUUCCUGCCUCCACUAAUCUUUCUCCCUGUGCACAUUGUUGCUCCUUCCUCUUCUCCCGUAUCACUGAGAUGCAUCUGCCUUAACACUUAGUCUCUAGUAUUUCAUUCACCAAAAGAAGCAAUACUGUGCCUGCAUCUUCAGAGAAUACAUCUCCCAUUUAUAGCCAACAA